AAGACACACCACAAAGCAUCACAUCGAUUAAUAAAUCUACAUCAUCAUCUCAAGAGCUUAUCACGAAUGGCUAUAGAGAUUGAGGCUGCACCAUCUGUCCAGCUGUCGAGAGUCGCAGAUUCCGAGACACACGGUGAGAACUUGGCGUACUUCGCCGGGUGGAAGGCGUACGAUGAAGACCCUUACAACGAGGCGAGCAAUCCUUCCGGGGUCAUCCAAAUGGGAUUAGCAGAGAACCAAGUGUCAUUUGACUUGCUUGAAGAGUGCUUGGAGAAGCAUUCAGAGGCAUCUACUUGGGGCAAAGGAGCUCCUGGGUUUAGAGAGAAUGCCUUGUUUCAGGAUUACCAUGGCCUUCUCACUUUCCGAAAGGCGAUAGUGAGUUUCAUGGAGGAAAUCCGAUGCGGGGGGGCAAAAUUCGACCCCGAACGAGUAGUCUUAACUGCUGGCGCCACUGCAGCUAAUGAGCUAUUGACCUUCAUUUUAGCCGACCCUGGCGAUGCUUUGCUGGUCCCCACUCCUUAUUAUCCUGGAUUUGACAGAGACUUAAGGUGGAGGACUGGCGUGAAGAUUGUGCCCAUAGUCUGCGACAGUUCGAACAAUUUCCAGAUCACUACUGAAGCUCUAGAAGCAGCCUACGAGCUCGCAGAAUCAAUGAACAUCAGAGUGAGAGGAGUCUUGAUCACCAACCCGUCAAACCCUUUGGGCGUGACCAUCAGCCGGUCGGUCCUGGAGGACAUCCUCGACUUUGCAACGAGGAAAAACAUCCACCUUGUCUCUGAUGAAAUCUACUCGGGGUCCGUCUUCUCGUCCUCCGAGUUCGUGAGCGUUGCUGAGGUCCUCGAGGCGCGUGAGUACAGGGCCUCCGAGCGGGUCCACAUUGUGUACAGUCUCUCUAAGGACCUCGGCCUCCCGGGUUUUCGGGUUGGCACGAUUUACUCGUACAAUGACAAGGUCGUGACCACGGCGAGACGGAUGUCCAGCUUCACACUGAUCUCUUCUCAAACGCAACACCUCCUCGCCUGCAUGCUGUCUGACAAGAAGUUUGCGAAGAACUACAUCGAGAUCAACCGCACCAGGCUGAGGAAGCGGUACGAGAGGAUCAUCGAUGGACUGAGGAGCGCCGGGAUUGAGUGCCUAAAAGGCAAUGCUGGGCUGUUUUGCUGGAUGAACUUGAGCCCUCUUCUUGAGAAGCCCACAAGAGAAAGUGAAUUGGAUCUUUGGAGGACCAUGCUUCAAGAAGUGAAGCUCAACAUAUCUCCAGGAUCAUCAUGCCACUGCUCAGAGCCAGGUUGGUUUAGGGUGUGCUUUGCUAACAUGAGUGAGCACACACUAGAAGUCGCACUUGAGAGGAUACACAAGUACAUGGAACAAAGAAGAACUUGA